UUGUACACGUUUAUACUCACAGUCUCGAUUCGACUGUCUCAUUGGCUGUUGACUUUAGUUAGUCUGUGGGACUCGGUGUGCUCGGUGCAAGAUCAAGUGUUAAUUUGGAACUGUGAUACAGUGACAAUUCGUCUAUUACAGUGAAAUAAAGGAAAUAUUUAGUUAGUUACUAUUAUAAUGAUGUAUAUCUAAUUUUAAAGAAGGAAAGCAUUCUCUAGUGGAUACAAAGUACCUUUUUUUGCAAAUUAAUUUCCUGAAGUGUAUUAAAACGGAAUUGGUUUAAUAUUCUGCUGUAAUUUCCGUCGUAACAAAACAAAUGAAUAAUAAGUAACUGGCUUUAAUGAUCUGAAUAUCCAAGAAUAACGCAUUAUUAAAAUAUUAUAAACACACUAUAUUACUGGUUGUUCAAAAUUAAAAGAAGAUUAAACAAAAAAGCAGAAGAAAAGAUGAAUUAAGAAGAAGAAAAAUCAAACUCGAUGGCAAUCUGACAGGUCAAGAUGGCUUCCAACGGCGAAAAAAUGGUGCCGACUGCGAAAUCCGAUUCCGUCUCGGCCAAUGGGACAUCGAAUCGGCGGGGAAAUUAACUGCGGAUCACUUAAAAAGACGUAGGUAGCGUGAUCGCGACCGAGACCCACCAAUUACGAAACGUCUUGGUGUCGGCCCGGUUAAUUAACAGUAUCACCGGAGAAAGAAGAGGAAACGUAACGGACUGCGAAUUAAUUAACGAGGCAAUCUGCCUCGUGGCGGGCAUGUGCUGUAAUUAACCAUCAUUGCGGUAAUUUCAAUCACAUUUGCCUACCGCCUUAACAAGCACUCUGAAAAUUCAAGGAGCAUUAUGAAUGUCAUGGUGGUCUUCGAAAUCGUCACGUGACCAGAUCGGUUCUUGCGCAAUUAUGUCACCUGUGUGGACUUCGACGCAUCGUUAACCGCUGAAAUUCCUUGGAAUUUGUAGGACAUCUCUAGUAAACGAAGAACGAUGACUGGUGUUGACAAUCUUGCUUAUGACACUCCCGAGCACAAGUCGGGGGUGCCGGACAUGCACGAGACCCUGUCUAGUUUUCCGGAACAGUUCGGAGAUGGACCGAGGAAACCGGAAAUAAAGGAGGAACCACCGAAGGAGUCGACGGACAACCUACAGUGCGGAUGGUUCUGGUUCAGGCCCUUAUACCUGCAACGAUUUCGGACCGCGAAAUGGGCGCUCUUCUGGUUGUGCUGGACAGGUGCGAUACAAGGCAUGGUGGUGAACGGUUUCGUAAAUGUUGUGAUCACAACGAUCGAGAGGAGGUUCGGCUUGAGAUCGUCGCAAACCGGGCUAAUAGCUGGCGGAUACGACAUAGCCAGCUUUCUUCUCCUUGUUCCAGUGAGCUACCUGGGUGGACGUUCAAAAGCAUCGAAACCAAGGUAUAUAGGCAUAGGGGUUCUAGUCUUAGGUAUAGGAAGCCUCCUAUUCGCGUCACCUCAUUACCUCGCUGGGCCAUACAGAGGCGGCCAACAGUCGGACAAUAUAUGUCAAAGGGUGACGAACACGUCAUCACGUGCUCUGUCCUGCAACGGAUCCGCGGGUCAAACGGACCAGGAGCCUUACAGCGGUUUGUACUUAACUAUCUUUCUCGUGGCCCAACUUCUGCACGGCGCGGGCUCCGCUCCUUUUUACACGCUCGGAGUUACGUACCUCGACGAGAAUGUAUCGAAAAAGAUGUCUUCUGUGUACUUAGGAAUUUUCUACACAAUGGCCAUAAUUGGACCUGCGCUGGGCUACGUAGUCGGGGGUGAAUUGUUGAAGCUGUACACGGAUUUCCUCACUGUGGACCCGUCAGAAAUCAGUUUGACGCCGGAGAGCAACGUGUGGGUCGGAGCAUGGUGGAUAGGGUUUCUGGCGGCGGCGGUGCUGAGUUUCAUAAUCGCCAUACCGAUCCUGGCGUUCCCGGCAGCGUUACCUGGAUCGGAGGAAUUGGCGAAGGAGAGGGUGUCGGAGGCGCACGAGAAGCCGAAGCAAUCGGCCUCGAGCGAGACGAUCGAGGCGUUCUCGAAAAUCCGCGAACUGCCGCGCGCGUUGACCGAGCUGCUCGGCAACCCGGGAUUUUUCAUGUUGAACCUGGCAGGUGCCAGUGAAGGAUUGCUGAUCGCCGGUUUCGCCGCGUUCCUGCCGAAGCUGAUCGAAAAUCAAUUCAACGUCAGCGCUAGCUCCGCCGCGCUGCUAAUGGGUCUGGUUACAGUUCCCGCAGGCGGCGGCGGUACUUUCCUCGGCGGUUAUCUCAUAAAACGGUUUAAUUUGCCCUGCUCGGGCAUUUUAAAGUUCUGCCUUUUGGCAACGGCAUCCUGUAUCGCUUUCACUCUGUGCUUCGUGCUGAAUUGUCCGAAUUUGAACUUCGCUGGAGUUACAGUCCCAUAUUCCGAACAACCCAAGAAAUCUUUCUCGUUGGACGAUGCGUGCAAUAAUGGAUGCGGAUGCUCGAGAUCGGAGUUCAAUCCAAUAUGCGGGGUCGACGGAAUUACAUACUAUUCUCCCUGCCACGCGGGUUGUUAUCAAGAAACGCAGAUAAACGACGUUGAAGUUUACUCAGAUUGCACCUGCAUACGCGCGCCACCUAUGAACAUGACAUCCGGCAACGCCAUUAUCGCCUACCAGGCGAUCAACACUACCUGCAACACGACAUGCUCAUAUUUAUGGCCCUUCAUUGUCCUAGCUUUCUGUAACAUGUUCAUCACAUUUCUCUGCACGAUGCCCGCGCUAUCCGCGACGCUUCGAGUCGUCCGAGACGAUCAGCGAUCAUUUGCAUUAGGAAUACAAUGGAUCAAAGUGAGGAUCUUGGGUACCAUUCCGGCGCCUAUGGUGUUCGGCGCGCUAAUAGAUGACACUUGCAUUUUGUGGAACGAGACGUGCGAAGGCAGAGGAGCGUGUCUUGUUUACGACAAUUUGUAUAUGAGCAGGUACAUGAUGGCGCUGGCUUUUAUCGGUAAAGCAGCUUCCCUUCUUUUCUUUUUCCUGGCCUGGUGGACGUACAUUCCUCCGGGAGGCAGAAGAGCAGAUCAGAAUUCACGAGAGGAGCCCACUACUACGUUAAUGUUAAACGACACGUCGCACGAAACACCGACAACACCUGCGACGAUAAAUCCAAUAAUCGAACCUUAAAAAGUAUCUCCGCAAUUCGUCUAUUUUAUCAAAAAACUGGCGGAUGAACUAUAGAGGGAGCAAAAUUAAUCGUUCGCUUGAGGCCGCUGAUUAAUUGUUAUCAAUAAUUACUUACAUAUCUUAUAAUAGCAUUACUGUAUAAUAACUAAAUGAGAACUGAUAACCAUAAAAUUAUUUAAUCAACAGGAAACAGUUAAUAUAAAUACAACCCUCGUAAGUACUCUUGUGUAAGUAGAAACGGCAAGUGCUACACAGACACAAUAAUCAAUCGAAAUAAUUCUAAUUCCUCGAAAAUGAAUAAUAUGAACAAAAUUAAUUCUAACAUUUUAAACUGAUUUCCCACGUAACAUCAUUGUCUCCUCGAUUAAACUUUAAUCAAACUUCGACAUCGUAGAACAGUUUCAAAUGUUAGAAAUAUUUCUCUUAUACCAUUUCGAUUGAAUUGUUUAGAACGAGGCACACUAUAAUAACGAAAAAACUUAAAUCACAUUUUUAAUAAACAAAAUAAGUAUCGAACCAAUUUCUCAUAUCAACGUAUGAAUAUAAUGUGCAAUUAAAACAAACAGCCGGGGAUUAUUAUUUAAAACUUCGAGCAGCAAUGUUUGUCCGAAAAUUAAAAAUACACUUAAAACUAUCAUAUUAACGUGACUGAGAUCGGUGUAAGUGGCCUUGGGCGAGCACAGAGUUUAUAAUAAAUAAUAAAUCAUAGCGAAAGAAACAAUUGCGAGAAACAAGUUUCGGAAAAUACCGAUUGUUUCGAUUUUCCUGAAUGUCUGCUAGUCAGUUGAGAAUGAGGCACGAUGAUGAGACCUAGCUUCGAUUAAAGACGCAGAGGUAACAUUAUCGACGUGUAUGUAGCGACUGAGCGGAUACAUUUUUUAUUCGAUAGUUAUGAAGCAUAAUUGAUCGUAGAGGGUUAUAGUCUAUCUAAUAAGUGUUUCUAUAUUUGUACGAAUUAGAUAAGAGCAGGUACGAGACGAAGGAGAUAGUCGGUUAUUUAUUGAACAAUUUUUAUUUUGUAGAUUGAACUGUUUCCGAGCAAAUUAUAUUACGUUCAUCGAUUAUUAUUUCAAGUGUAAUAGAAAACCGCAUGCCCGAGUGCGAACGAUGGAAUACGAACGAAAUAAUUAAUUCCGUGAACUAUUUAAAAUUGUACAGUUAUCUUUAUACGAUUCAUAAUAAACAGUAAGAGACGUACACUGCCAAACAUCGUUGUAACGAACGCGAAAAUGUUUUUCCCAUUGAUGUCGUGUCCAUCGAGGAGGGCACACGAGUUUCAUGAAUAAAUGAAUACGUUAUUUAAUACGUGUUUAUUAAUUAAGAUACAUAACGAGUAAGUGCACUUGUAUUCCUUUCGAUGUUCAUAGCGUACAGCUUUCGAAUACAGAGUAGUCGAUCCAUUAGAUCAGCGUUUCUCGACCUGUGAACCGUGUUGGAUUCUAAACACUAGAUUAAUCGAGUGUUUAAAAUGAUUUAUAUCUACUUUCUCAUAAAAGUUAGAAGUUUUUUAAGAUUUAAACCUUUCAAUUGAAAUUAAAAUGUGUUUAACCAUUAUUAACAUUUUUAUUCAGAAUUAAAAUUAAACUGUUUUUUAAAUUAUAAUUAACAUUCUUUUAGUUUUUUUUAAAUAACAUUGAAUAUGAACAUCCGUACAGUUUCAGUAAAUUGUAAAAGAAGAAAAUCAGAACUAGUCAUUCAUACAGAAGUGGUAGUUCUAUUGUUAAUGAGUAAUACGUACAAAGUAACUUGUUUCAUUAAAAGUCAUUAGUUUUACAUUUGCCUGUCUUUUAAUGUAAAUAGUGGAGGAUUAAAUUGUAAUGUUUAUUAGAAAUUCGUUUGAAGUCCUCACUGAAAAAACAUACGGAAUGUUAUUUGCCACGUGUAAAAGUUACCGUCAAGUAUGUGUAUUUUCAUAUAUUUAUAUAAUAUAAAGACAUUUUAAUUUUCAUUCUUAAUUUCUUAAUAAUUUUUAACUUCUAACAUUCUUGACGAUUUUGUACGAUAAAUCGUGUACUAUAAAAUUGAUGAUAUAAACAUUUUAACGGCGUCAUCAUUAUGAAAAAAACUUGUUGGAUUGCAUGGCAAAAGGGUUGAGCAACGCUGCAUUAGAUUUUGAAUAUUAUACUGAUCCAAAUAAGAUAGCGAUCAGGAUAAUUUCGCUGAAUGUAUCGUUACAGUACUUGUAAUGUUAUGAAUACACCGGUGUCUGUGGUUAAAUAGUGAAUCACAAUAAGACUGCAGUAGAACCUUAUUUAUCUGAACACCGAUUAUCCAAAACGUCGAUUAUCCUAUGCAUAUACGAAAUUGUUUACAUUUUGGAAUAUGUAUCUUCUUGGUUUCAAGUGUCCGAGUUUAGUAUCAUGUACAAAUACAUACGUAUUUACAGAUUUCAUUUAUACAGUGAAUAUUAAAAGAAAAAGAAUGAUAUUGAAAUUAAAAGAUAAAUAAGAUAUCAUAACGACUUAUUUAAUUUCUGGUUCAUUUAUGAGAUGUUGACAAAGGUUCUUUCGAAGCGAUCAUCUGAAAAAUCUCGAUUGCUCUCUCAAUUAGUUCAGAUAAUUAACGUUCUAUUGUACUGGUAAUUAUCAAUUGUGUUUUUGUAAUUCCGGUAUUCGCGAGUCGUCAAUUAAAAGCCGAAUGAAUCUGUGUACCGCGGAUAGUGAAUAGUCGAUGUUUAAGGUAUAAAGGUAUGAUCCCAAAGCAUUUUGAUAUUCGUCGUAAUUAGCCGAGGUAACUGUUACUAUUAAUUGUUACUAUCACAGAGAUGCCUCUGGACCGUUUCCCUUUUCUACGAAGUUUAUGUAACACUUGCGCGUCGUUAUCGAUUGUAACGUGGUGUUCUUCAAAUAAUUGAAUCGCCAUUGCAUCGAGGAUUAAUAUAUAAAAAUACAGGCGCAAGAAUUGCAAGCAUGCAUGUUGCGAGUAUUUAUAUCAUCCUUAACGCAUAUCUCAUUCAACGUGUUGAAGUAAGGGACAUUUUAUUCAGCAGUUUUUGCAUUAUUCAUCGUCAUCGUCAUACUGUACGCUCUCCGAGAAAUCUUUCGUAAAAGACUAACAUUACACGGUGUCGAUAUACGCGAACGAAUUCGAUUGAUUUAACCCUGUUGUGUUCUUCGGAUCUUGUUCGAAGUUUUUCAAUCACUUUCCGUUCGUUUUGUAGUGUUAAGUUUGCUCAUUCCUUCCCAAUUCAGUGGUAUUUUCAACGUUCUCAAAGAAUACUAUUGAACUUAACAAGAGCACAAUAAUAUCGUUGCAUUACUUUUUCGAGAAACUUUCAAUCUCUGAAUAACUUCUAAAUAUUUUAUUUAUUUGCAACAUUUAAUUUGGAAACAAAUUUCGAAUAUUUAAAUAUUUGGAAAAUAGUAUUCUAAUGCUCCAAAAAUGUUCGAAUAUUUGAAUAUUUAAAAAAUUGUUUAAUAUUUCAAAAUUUUUGAAAAUAUUUGAAAAAAUUUUCAAGUAUUUCGAUAUUUCAGAAGCAUUGGCAAACUGAAAACUGUAGCAGGGUUAAUAUUACUAAAUUGGAGAUCUGUAGGCAACAAGAAAUUAAGAGACGAGCGAAAACGAUGAGUUUUUGUGUAAUUCUGAAAUGAUUUAUGAACGGUGGAAUUUCAUAUCUCAUAUUUUUUACAAACCAGAUUCGCUGAUCAAACACGGACCACUGUUAGCAACCAGUUGUGUAAGUACAUGUACAAACACAGGAACUUAUUAUGGACUGUCGUUUACACCAGUUUGAUAUGAUGCAUUUUCUAAGGUUCCCGAUUGUAAUUAUUUUUGUUAUGGAACAGUAAUAUGUCUAGCACGUCUAUUAUACGUGUCACUAAUAAAGAAUCAGUACAAUGCGUUACCACAGAAGUGAUAUAUUUUUCUUAACUUACUUCCAGAUAAUUAUUCCUCUGUCUUUAAUUAUUCUUUACUAAGUCGAUGGAGUUAAUCGUAUAUACAAUCAUUUGUUGUAUUUGUACAUAGUUUUUUAACAAAAAUUUUUAUAAAUUUAAAAUUUUUUAAAUGUUUUUGUAAAUUUUUAGUGCAUUUGAUAAUGCUUGUAUCACCGAAG